CGACCACGCAUGCAAUCCAGUCGCCCAUCAGAACCGACCCUAAGGCCUCCUGUUGGUUGAAUCUAGGCGUCAACGGUUGGUUGGGUGGGUUUGCUCCAUAUGCAUUGCAAUUGAUUUCAAUUCCAUACGCGGAAUCGAAUUUCAAAGAUUUAGAAACCCUAAUCCUAAAAUUUUGAUUGACAUAGUAAUCUCUCUGCAAACCAAUCGGAAAACCCUUGAAUUCAGAGAUGCAACAAGGUGAUCUAACUGCUUCGUAUUACCAAUACUAUCAAUCUUACUUUCAACAUUCUGAUCCUAAUCCUACCUCUAAUUCCAGCGAUCUUCAAGCAUCGGCCCCACCCUUCUCCUCCGACUACCAAUCUUAUUCCUCUCCAUAUUCUUCAUAUUCUCAAUAUUCUGAUAAUGUCUCCGGUCACCCUCCUACAGCCCCCACAUGCCCCCCAAACCCUAAUUUUCAGCCUUCCGAGCUUUCUUCUCAAUCUUCAUUUUCUAAUCAUUUUCAACCAUAUGACCAGAAUCAGACGUCCCACAGUUAUGAUCCUCCGUACCCUGUUCAUAAUUCCAAUAUGAAUUCAUUAUUUCCGGGUAAUUCGUAUUCAACUUCAGCCGGCCAAGCCAACACUUUAAUGCCGCCCAACCAUGAGGGUGGCAUGAAAUUAGACGGUCGGGGAGGUUAUUUUGAUGAAAGUGGUAGUCAUGCCGGGUUUCGCAGUGAUGGGUAUGGUGGCGGCGUUUAUGCUUAUGAUGGUAGUAAGAUGGAGCCUUAUGGUGGUCGAGGAAGUGGGCCUGAGCCAUCUAUGAAGACGGCCUUUGAUGAUUAUGGGAGACCCAUAAGCCUUUUGAAUGCGAAUGUCGAGGUGGGAUCAAGACCGGUGAAUAAGAUUGUGAAAGCCACACCAAAAAUCGAGGUUCAGAACGAUACGAAGAGUGGGGUGCAGAAGUUUCGUGUCAAGCUUUUGGCGGAAGCUGGAGGGCAGAGCAACACGGAUGUUCUUUGCCAGAUUGGUUUGGAUGGGAUUCGAAUGCUUGAUCCUGCCAGUGGUCGAACAUUGAGAAUAUACCCACUUGAUAUGUUGACAAAAUGGGAAGUAUUGGAUUCAUUCAUCUUUGCUUUCUGGGCUAAAAGCUCCAUCGACAUUGAACCAAGAUGUAUCAGGCUGCAGUCAAACAACUAUACUGUGAACAUCAUUCUGGACACUCUGACAGCAUCAUCAGUUCAGCUCAAUGAGAUGGAUGCAAGGAACAAUUCUUCUGACUCUUUCAAGGUCUCUGAGCAAUAUGCAGACAGAAAAAGAGGCUUUUCUGAUUGGAUAAACAUGAUGAAGUCUAGCAAUGAGGAGAAGGAUCAUUGGGUCCCUGAUGAAGCAGUUACUGAAUGUACAGCUUGUUGCAUAGAUUUUGGACCUUUCGUGCGAAAGCAUCACUGCAGGAAUUGUGGGGAUAUUUUCUGUGACAAGUGUACUCAAGGUAGAAUUGCCCUCACUGCAGAGGAGGGUGCUCAGCCAGUUCGAGUUUGUGACCAAUGCAUGGCGGAAGUAACCCAAAGACUAAGUAGCACAAGUGAAGCUGCUCACAGAAUUUCUGGAUUACAGAGUCAUGAAGAUCUUGCAAAAAAGCUUCAGGAGGAGAUGAACAGAAAAUGCAAGACAUCAUCAGGUUUGAAGUCUGAUGGAUCUGGGAUGCAGAUGAGGGAGGUUGCCUGUCCAACUUGCACAGUCCAUUUGCAGGUUUCCAUCCCUGUUCAAUUUUUUCCUUAUUAUCAGUACCUUAUGACUUUGCCAUUUCUAUUUGGAAUAGUGAAACUGGACUUAUGUUCACCAGAUGCAUGCAAUACCGCUUUUAAUGGUUUGUGUAAUCUAGGUUCAUCUUUUAUGUUGCCAUUUGGUUUUUACCUGAAUGCAUUUCAUUUAUUGGUGGUGCAGGUCCAGGUUCCAACCUCUGGUUCAGAGACCAUAGAGUGUAGUGUUUGCCAGCAUCCAUUUCGUGUGACUGCUUAAUAACUUGUUUCGUCGCUGAUUCUUGUGCAUCAAGUCAACCAACGCAAAGACAGUUCAUAGUUUCCCGAGUUCUUUAAGUUGUUAUGUUAAUCGAUAAAAAUAUGGAUUAUUGGAUUUAUAAACAUGAUUUAGGAGUUGAUAUUACAAUUUUUUUCUUUCCUCAUUGCAGUUUCUACUAUGUUUUACUGUGUAUAUAAAUACACACACACAUAUAUAUGACCUUUCAUUGUGAACUAUUACACAAACCAAUGUAGUGUUGAUCGAUUUUUAA